AUGGGCGGCGACCCCUAUGAACGACAGAAAGCCCUCCUCGCACCAGGGGACUACUCUGACCUCAUCAUCACACGCAAGGCUCAGCGCUGGAACGUUCACAAGGCCAUCAUCUGCCCUCGAUCCAAGUUCUUCGCGGCCUCUGUUAGGUUCCCUGUUGGCACGUUACACGAAGUAGUGGACCCCCCAGAUGACGACCCUCACGUGGUGGAGCGCACGUUGACCUACCUCUACGAUAUCGAAUACGAUCUGCUGUGGGAAUCCUACACGGGACACUGUUUCGAGAUCCCACACAUCCACUUCGAUUGGAGCUUACGCGAUGAUGCCGACCGCGCAGAACGCUUGAAGGUACACUAUUCUCUCGAACGCGCAAGCUAUCUUCCACUCAAGAACCUCAUGGGCACAUGGAUGCCUCCGGCUGGUAUCUCACCGGAUUCGCAAUCGAAAUAUAGAAUCCUGGAUAACCGUGAGAUACUCAAUCGACUUAGCAAAUCCGCAAAACUCAAAGCUUUCCACGAUACUGCGAACACACCGCCUCAGGACCCUUACAACCCUCAAGACCUCGUGAUGUACCAUGAAAUGGAUGUCGGUCCAACAGGUUUUACGCUGGAAAAUGCAGCAAUAUACCGCAUAGCGGACAAGUACGACGUUCCGGAUCUGCGUGAGCUUGCCUACAUCCAAUUGCAAGUCAGCCUUAUAGUACCUGUUAGGUCUAUUCAGGUAAAGAUUAUCAUGGUUGAUAUACACCCUUACGAUAAGAAGAUGCUAGCUCACUUGAGCGCGAGGAUCUACCAGGACAUGGAUAUGUUUGGCAUACGGGACGAGAUCCGAGAACUUCUCGACAAGGAUCCCGAGUUGGGCAAGCCCGCGCUCGAAGUCGCAUAUGAUUAG